AUGUUCCACCCUGGUGCUGGCGCCUCCCGCCCCGGGGUGACCGGUGGCUUGCCCUUCUGGCUGGUGCCGCCUCCUCCGUCACCCCCGGUGCUGCCUCCUCCGUCACCCCUGGUGCUGCCUCCUUUUCCGCCCCUCGGCGCCGCCGGCCUCUUCGCCGCCCUGCCCGCCCUCAUGCGGCGGGCCGCGCAGCGGCGUCUCAAGCACCAGCUGACGGCAGACGGCGCCACCAACGGCGGCGGCAACGGCGGCGGCAACGUCGGCGGGCGCGGCGGCGGGCGCGCGGCUGUGCAGGCGGCGAGGGAGACGCAUGCGCAGGCCGAGAUCGUGGUCGAGAUCGAGAACGACCCGUCUGCCGACACGGGGCAUAGCACGGCGACGCCUGGCGCAGUUCCGGGGGGCGAGCGCGUCAAGGCGGCGGUGGAGGCGAUUCGGGGGGUGGUUGGCACGGGCGCAGACGCGGCGCGCGCCGCGGCGGCGUGGGCAGGCGAGCCCGCGGCCUGCGUCGCCGGCCAGCCCGCGCCCGUCCUCGGCGUGAGGAAGGCGGCGGCGCUCGCCGCCACGACGGCGGAGCAGGCGCAGGCCAUUCGGGCAGCGCUGCCGACGCCGCCAGACAGUCGCGCCGCCUCGCCGGUGCCGGCGAGCCGUGACGCGAUGGGCUAG